UUUCAAAUAAACAAAUAAUAAAAUAAAAAAUAAUUAUAACACUAAAAUAAUAAUGCACUUGUCCUGAACCCGUAUUAUAAAGUAGCAAGAACAGCACUAAACGUGUUUCAAUACAAAUUAUCAAUUAAAACUGCCGUUUAGUUUUCUUCAUCUCUCAUAUUCGUCGGCUUUAACUGUAUCAACAGUUACAAGGAAUGGGUCGUUUCUGGACUUUGCUCUCUACACUUCACACCAUGGCCGGGCCAGGGGUUAUGCUUCUCUACCCGCUGUAUGCAUCAGUGGUGGCAAUAGAAAGCACUUCGAAAUUAGAUGAUGAACAGUGGCUCGCUUAUUGGAUUUUGUACUCAUUUCUUACUCUCAUGGAGAUGCUGCUUCAGCCUAUCUUGGAAUGGGUGCCCAUAUGGUACGAUCUGAAGCUAGUGUUUGUGGCGUGGUUGGUUUUGCCACAAUUUAGAGGGGCUGCCUUUAUUUAUGAGAAAUUUGUUAGAGAAAAACUGAUAAAAAGGUACGGAGGAGCACAUUUCCAAAAGUCCCCCAAUGGGAAGGGCAAGAACAAAUUCGUCGAUUUUGUCUCUGCCAAGAAGGGGGAGCAAGAAGCUUACUAGUGAAGAAAAUGGUUGAAGAGGAAACUGCGUUUGCCAUAUUAAAGCUGCUGAUUGAUGUUUUUAUCUUUACCCUUUAGUGUUCUGUUAGCUUCGUUUGAAAUCAUAUGUAUGGAUCCUUUACCACAAUUGCCUUGUUCUUGUGUAUACGCUGGUUGUAUAUUGUAUAGGGCACAAAUACCAUUGUUUUUAGUUCAACCAAAGGGUGAGAGUUUUAAUAAACAUUCAAAACACAUCAAUAGUGGAUAUCUUACAUGAGAAAGUAAAAUUAAAGUUAUAUGUUGGAGUAAAUAAACAUAUAAAGUU